UAAUGUAUAGAAAGUCAAUGUUCCAAGAAAAGUAUGCUUUGUGUAAGCAAGAAAUAUACUUUGUGUAGACAAGAAAUAUGUUCAUCUGGGCAUCAGAGGUAGAAGGCUUGCAAUCUUCAUCACAAAGGUUGGAUUGCUUAACUUACUCGGGAGAAAACGGCAGUACAUGUAUCGCAUCUUACCAGCUUGAACCGUAUACACCGAUCUUUGACUAUCAGGAGAUGUAUAAUGUGGGUGCCUCAUACGGCAAAACAGGCAGUGAUCAGAUCCCAUCAUCCUCUGCACCUGGCUUGAACGCAUGCUCGGACGGGAGAAGUUAUGUAUGGAGAUCCCGCACUGGAAGGGCAAAUAGCUCAUUGUGCACACACGCUGCGUCGAGAGCGUCGAUGUAAGUUAAUUGAGAGUGGUAAACUGCAUGCGGUACCGGCGUCUCAGUAUCCAGAGCCCCUAGUGUAGGUGCAAACGCACAGGGUCGCCCAAUCCCAACGCUCCAAAACAGUCCAUCCGGCCCAUGGCACCCAGUCGGCAGCGCUAGGCCAACACUCAAGCGCAGCUCAUUGCGCUCACGAAAUACGGCUCCUACUCGCUGAGGGGAACUUAGCAGCAGGCUGAAUACGUCCCAUCCUGUCGGUCGGCCAUCACCAUCGGCUUCGACCUGGUCAGCCACACUCCAGACCAUUAAAAGACCUCCAGGGGUUGAAGUGUCAGACAAGCCUUUCACACAAACCAGCAUGGUGUUCCUGGAACUGAUAUUUACUGUGUUUCUCAGCCUGGAAAUUUCCGGAGACGUCAUCAGACCAGUGGUUUCUCUCUGGCCAAACUGGAUCCCAGUUUAUAAUAAAGACUCUGUAACUCUGAUCUGUAAUGUGCCUCCAUCAGCACUGGGGAACCAAGGAUUUAAAUGGUACAGAAACAACAAAGACCUGAGGAAAUAUGAGCAGAACCUCACUAUUCCAUCUGCUCAUGUGAGUGACCGUGGGAAUUACCAGUGCCAGACUGAUACCUCUGAUAAAAGUGACUCCCUGAGACUGGAUGUGAGUGCCGAUUGGCUUGUACUACAGGCUCCCCCUACUGUUCAGCAAGGGGACUCCCUGUUCAUUAGAUGCCGCGGCUGGAAUGGUUAUAAUGAGAACAGCGCAGCGUUUUACAAGGACGGUAUUAUCCUCCAUUUACCAGUCAAUAAAUCAGUUUUAAAUGCUGGAAAGGCAGAUAGAAAUAAGACUGGUAAUUACAAGUGCUCCAAAGAAUAUGGCAGUUCAUCUCUGCAAUACAGUAAAGAAGGGUUCAUUUAUAUUGAAGAAGGUCCAACCAGACCGGUGCUUUCCCUCUCUCCAAACUGGACCCCGAUACUCAUUGGUGACCCUGUAACUCUGAUUUGUUCCUUCACUCCAACUGUGCAAGAGAAUGGGAGAAUUGAGCAGAAGCGGAGGUAUUCAUGGUACAGAGAUGGCAGUUGGAUUGAGGGGGAUCAGCAGAGCAUUAUGAUUCGCUCUUCUAAACCGAAGAACAGUGGCAGUUACCAGUGCCAGGCCGGUGCCAGCGAGAGAAGUGACCCUGUUAUACUGGAAGUUAAAUAUAGUUCAGCCAGGUUCAUCCUGCAGACUCCCAUUUCAAUCCACGAAGGGGACUUUCUCACUCUCAGAUGUCACAGUCUUGGACAUUCUAGAAGAGAGAUGACACUUUACAAGGACAAUGAAACCUUUCUAACCUCAUUCAAGGACAAC